AUGCUGCCUGCAUGGGUGUUCAUCCUGUACUACAGCUACGGAGUGCCCUUGGUAGCGAUAUAUAUUGUAACACUGUGCGUUUUGAUCAACAAUCGUAAAGCCUACAAUUCGGCAUUCUAUCGAUUGAUUAUUAUUUUUGCUAUUAAUGUAAGUUGUUUUAAUGGCAGCUUCAAAAAGCGGAGUUGGGCGAUUGUGGAAAAAGAUGAUUGGGGAAACCGAAAAGUAUUAUUUUUCUUCGAUGUAAAUGUCGAAAUUAGGAUCAUCGAGGGUGCGGAUUUUGAAUAUGACGUUCGUUUUUUGAUAAAUAGUUACUUUUUCCUUGAGUAGUACUGUAAAGUAGUAAUUAUUUGAAUUUUUUUUAUAAAUACUCGAUUUUGGGGGUUGACAUUGCUGAUUUCGUAAAUCAUGUUAAUUUUUCCCAUAGUAAUAUUAAAUAGUAUAUACAUACUACAUAUAUGUAUCUAGUACGAGGUGAAAAUGUGGCCUUUAUGUGUUAGCAAUGCUGUUAUGGUGCCUAGUACCAUUAUUAUUAUCACCCCGUACUAUAUAUAGUAUUAGGUAGUACUGAAUAAUUACUAACCAAAGAAAAAAGUAAGGAUCAAAAAAAUGAAUUUUAUUUUCGAAAUCAGCACCAUGGAUUAUCCUAAUUUCGACACUUGCAUCAAAGAAAAAUAAUGCUUUUCAGCUUCCUUAAUCAUAAUUUUCCCGAAUCGUCCCAGUUCCGCAAGAAGAGGGGUUUGUUAAAGAUUAUUCCAGUUUUAGGACCUACUCUCCUACAUCAACGCCCAAUUCAUUCUUAGAGCACCGCUUUCUUCGCUUUUUUACAGUCUUGUCUUUUCGAAAAUAGAGGACGGCGUAACAUGGUACCCGGUUGUCUUCCUUUUCCUUCGCGUCUCCGCCGAACUCCUCUCUUUCUUGGGAACAACCCUGAUGGCUCUGAAUCGGCUCACUUCCCUUCUACUUCCAUUCCAGCACAAUUAUUUAUGGAAAACGUACUUGAAUCCAGUUAUCUUGGUCUGCUAUUUACUUCCGUUCGCCGCUUACGGGUACAUUCUGUUCAACAAAGCGGUGCUACUGUGUGGGAAAGGGAAAAGUGGCGAAGUGACUGCUUGUUUCGUGAAUUACGAUCACUCGUUCACUUAUUUUGGGGUAGGUAAUUUUGUUGUUAAAAUUUUAACCUACAGUUUGCUGUAGACAUUGCAUAUUGUAUAUUAUAUAGGCAAUACAGUGGGGGAACUGAUCCAGUGGCAAAAACGUACCAUUUUGCAUCCGGGAAGUAUCAAAAAUGUGGCAAAAUGCUUCCCUCGCCAAGUGAAAAAACUUCGAUUUCAAAAGCGCCCUUCAAAACAAUGUUUUUUCACUUGGAGAGGGAAGCAUUUUGCGACAUUUCUGAUGCUUCCCGAAUGCGAAAUGGUACGUUUUUUUGACACUGGAUCGGGUCCGUCAAUGUAUCUUCCAGCUGUCGGUCAACAAGGUCAACAGGGUACUCUUGGUCGUCAUUCCAUUGAUUACUGGAGCCAUGAACAUAACAGCAGUUUGUCUACUGUAUCUUCGCAAAAAAUCACUAAAAACAAGUAAAGAGUGGAGUAGAGAGAUCAACUUUACAAUAUGCUCCGUCGCCAUAUUCCUGGCCCAUCUUAAUUAUGGAAUUCAAACCGUAAGAAGUGUAGAAAUGUAGACCUCCCAAAUAUGUACUCCUUUCCAGAAUUUGGUUAUGGUCAAGAUGGAUGUGGAUGAAGCGACGCGAUUUGCGUACGGCCUCGGCAUCGGGAUUCCAAUCAUAUACGACGUAACCAUGUUCAUUUCAGUAUGCUCGCUUUUAAUACCAUCAAAAAGUUUGAGAAGAGAGGUCGCCGGUGUCAUCGGAAUUCUUUGGAAACGAGCAACCACACAGAACGAUAUGCUGUUUACUGUGACAUCUAGUAGGCAAAUAAACUAAUUUAUUUUAAUAAUUUUUAUAAUAAUUAAAACACCAAAAGAAAAUUUAUUCUGACCAGGCUUUCCAGACAUUUAAAAUUUAUGUUUUUUAUAUACAUGGUGAGCCAAAAAAAGUGGACAUUAAUUUUUUCCUCAAUUUUCCCUGCUAUUAAACAGUUUGUAAAAAGAAGGUGUAUAUGGCAUGAAAGUACUAUGUUAAGGGAACGUAUUUACCGUAGAAUUUUUACUCUACCUGCAAAAGUUUCAAACACACGGUUGCAGGAGUGUGUCGGGUGAGCGCGCCAAUUCCUGCGGUAAAAUUUCAAAAGUUUUUGCUCCUAAUUUUUUUUGAGCGGCUCCAGAGACAUACUAAGCAAAGCGAUUAUUGGUCAUUCAUAAUAUUUUGCAACGCCGGGCGUUUUGAUUAACAAUAGAAAAGCUUGCAGUUCUAUAUAUUCUAUCAAUUAAUCAUUAUUUUUACAGCUGACGUAAGUUUUUAGAUUGCAUUGCGAAAAAAGGCUUUUCAAUUUUUCGCCUUUGGUAAGUUUAAGUGCAUAAAAUUACAUAUAAAUAAUACAUAUAACUUUGACAAAGGCUGAAUUAUUUCAUUUGCAGGCCUUUUGCGAUAAAAAAUUUCAGCCAUUAAACGUUGCGAAAUACAGCGUAACCUUUAAAAUGCCUUUCUAACUUACAUCGUCCUAUUCGUGAGCACAUGGUCACCUUAAAGUUCGUUUAUUUCGUAGAAUGUCGAAUAUGCCGUAAUUUCUUUCAAAAUAGAAACACCUGUUUCGGUUGGACACCCCGUAAGUCGUCUGCAAAUUGAGUAAAUGUUCCCGUUCUGGGCCUUUAUUGUGUUUUAUGGUUACGAAUUACCGCUAGUCACUAUAUAUUCUCUAAUAAUAUUCGUUUUGAUUAAGAAACGGAAAGUUUUCCAUUCACAAUUUUACAAACUGAUUAUAAUUUUUGGGAUAAAUGUAAGUCAGUUGGCGCUAUUGCUGACAAGAUUUAUUUAAUUUGAGCAUGACUAGACUUGGCUGCCGGGCUGGGCCGGCCCGGGCCGGUGUUCGGGCCGGGCCGGGCCAAAGCAAAAUUGAAACGGGCCGGGCCGACCUGUUCCGGCCCGCGGGCCGGGCCGGCCCGGCAAAAUUAAAAUUCUGAGUUUCAAAGCGAAAAGUUGGGUUGCCAAUAAAAUUAAAACGCAAAGCCAAGAAUGGGGUCUAUAUUUUUCAUACAGUAAGCAUAAUUUUAUAAAAAUAAAGCACGGAAGUACUCAAAAAUGGCUACUAAUAAGUAGUUUUACUAGUAAACUCUAUUAAGUACUAAUGGAUAUUAGUGCUUUUAGUAAUUUUUUGAACAAAAACUCAAAAUAAAUGUAACCGACAUCCUUAAAAACACAAUUAAGAAGUCGUGUGAAGCAACACUAUCAUCUUGAAGUUGAAAACCUUGUUAAACGUGGUUCCACCUUUGCUGAAUCUGUAAAAUUGAUCUUGGGGCAAUUUUUAACAGUCUUAAAACGGAUCUCGGGAAUUUUUUGAUUAAUUUUAAAAAGGCAAUGCGUUGGCAAGUAAUUUUUUGCUUUAAAAAUAUACUGUUAGUUGUUAUAGUAAAGAAAAAUAUGUCACAUCUAAUAGCGAAUUAAGGUUUUUUACUUUUACUCAAUUUUCGGGCCGGCCCGGGCCGGCCCGAGAGCCAAGUCUAAGCAUGACUAAGGGCUGGAUCAUUCGCGUAUUUCUUUAUUUUUAGGACCUCAUUCAGUACGCUGACGGUCAGUUCUUCCUCCGCGGACCCGUCAGCCCGUUCUGGUACAACCAUGUGUUUUCAAAGAUUGAAAACGGUGUUACCUGGUAUCCGGUGUUCUUUCUUUUCUUGCGCGUAUCGCUUGAACUCGUAGCUCUGUUUGGAUCAAUUCUGAUGGCCUUUAACCGAGUCACAUCCAUUCUCUUGCCCUUAAAUCAUGAGCGAUUGUGGAAGAAAUUUUUGUUUCCACUUGUUGCAAUGUGUUAUGCUUGUCCGUGUGUUUUGUACGGCUUUGUUUUGUUCAACAAGGCAGUGAUGGUGUGUGGGACCAAAGACGGCGAGAUUGUCGCAUGCUUCGUGAACUAUGACCAUACCUUCACCUAUUUUGGGGUGAGCGCAGUUUCUUCAGACAGGGGAAGUGCUCCAAGUGCGACGCACGUCAAACUGAGAUAAGAUAAACCGGUCCGGUGAACGGAUUAGCAAUUCGCCGACAGAGACGCGAAAAAACCUUUAGUCGGAGAAGAAAUGGGGAAUUUUUAGGACGAGAGAGUACGUUUUUGCGCGUCUUUUCUCUGACUUCUCUGUGAAAUCAAGACGAAGUGCAAAAAACCGAUAGCGGAGAGUCUAUUUCGGUUACCAGACUCCUCAGUUUGACGUGCGACGCUCAGAUUUUUGUGAAAGCACAAAUCCAGGGAUUUUGGCUUAAAAACUUUCAUACCGUUUUCAAUGUACAGUAGAGGGUAAUGGUUCCACUGAAAAUAUUUUUUUCCGCUCAAAACUGGCAAAUAUAUCUUCAAAAAGUGUUUUUCUUUCUGACCGCUCUCGGCGUUCUGCGUACUCUCUCUGCACACGUUGAAUAUCUCGGCUGUCCCUGAAAAGCGCGAGCUGAAACUUUCAGCAAUUGAUACUUGGCCUAUGACUCAGGUGUGUGCAAAGUUGAAUAAAAAUCUAAGCGUCGCACUUGAAGGCCUUCUUUUGUAAGCAUAAUCCGUCCCUUCUGCAUCUUUCAUACCUUGGCCGUUUUCUUUCAGCUAACAAUCCGUAAAGUAGUCAGAAUCCUCUACGUCCUUCUUCCUGUAGUUGCCGGUGCCCUCAACGCUCUGGCUCUAACUUUGCUCUUCACCCGAAAAAAGCCGCUCAAAGAGAACCGACAAUGGCAGCGAGAGAUCCGCUUCACAAUCUUCUCCACGGUCCUGUUCAUCGACCAUCUUGGCUGCGGGAUUGCUGUGGCAAGUCAAGAGAGAUACAACGAACAUUUCAAAUCUUAA